UCCGUCAACUUAAAACCAUUUCCCCUCGUCCUGCUGUUAUCUACCCUGUCUCCAUAUCCUACGGAGCUGGGAUGUGCACUGGAGGUGGGAUGCACUGUGGAGGUGGGAUGUGGCACAGAGGUGGAACGUACCAUGGAACAAACUGGAACCCAGUAAGUUCCAUCUGAACAACUGUGCCGUGAGGAUGCCAGAGCACUGGCAUAGAUUGCCCAGAGCUGGGGGAGUCUCCUUCACUGGAGAUGCUCAACCCUGGUUCCUGUGCAGCCUGCUUUGGGUGAGGUCCCAUCCAUCCCCUACGAUCCUGCAGUUCUGUGACACAGAGGUGCGAUGGCCCCGAGAAUGCUGCUCUCUUGGUCACACUCACCCCUUCCUCCUUCCAUCCCUUUUCCCCUUCAGGCUGGAAUGGGUGGAAAUCAUCGAACCUCGGACCCGGGAGCGCAUGUACGCCAACCUGAUCACGGGGGAGUGCGUGUGGGACCCGCCGGCCGGCGUGCGCAUCAAGCGCACCAAUGAGAACCAGUGGUGGGAGCUCUUUGACCCCAACACCUCCCGCUUCUACUACUACAAUGCCACCACGCAGCGCACGGUCUGGCACCGCCCGCAGAACUGCGACAUCAUCCCUUUGGCCAAACUGCAGACCUUGAAGCAGAACACGGAAUCUCCUCGAGCGUCUACCGAAAACAGCCCCGGCCGGAGCAGCAAUGUCAGCAGGGAGGGCAGCACCAGCUCCUCCCUGGAGCAGGAGUUGGAAGGCAACGAGAAAGCGGUCGAGACGACGAGGUCGAGCCGGCAAUCGGCCCCGUAUGCUGCAGUGAAGGAAGAAACGGAAAGUUCGUCGCCCUCCGGAGUGUUUGAGAAAGAAUGUGACAUUUAUCGGGAUUACAACACGGAAGGCCAACUCCUCCACUACAGGACGUCCUCGCUGCGCUGGAACGCCGGCACCAAGGAGCGGAUGCUGAUCAAGGUGACGGACCGUGAGCCCAGCUUCCUGCUGCACCAGGGCAACGGCUUCGGCCCCGACGCCGCUCCAUCCGCGCGCUCCCGCCGUCCCUCGGGGGGUCAGCAGUCCCCCAACCUGCAGAGCUUCGCCCCCGACUCCGACAACUCCGUCUUCUUCCCGGAGAGAAAACCAUCGCCCUACCUGAAGAGGGCUGAGCUGGCUGGGAGCUGCUCGCCUCUGCUGGGUCGGGGCGAUUCCUUCUGCUCCCCGCUGCAGAGCCAACACCACCGCAAAGCGUCGAGCGAAUCGCAGCCCUCAUCGCCGCGCUACGCCUACGAGCCGCCGCUCUACGAGGAGCCCCCCAUGGAGUACCAAGCGCCCAUCUACGACGAACCCCCCGUGGACAUGCAGUACGAGGCCGGCGGGGGCUACAAAGCCGCUUCCCCCCAGAAAUCGCCCAUCCGGAAGCCUCACCCCUUCCUCCAGUCACCCAAGCAAGGCUCCAACUCGCCCUACCAGCAGCUGGUGCUCACCAAGCAGAAGUGCCCCGAUCGUUUCAUGAGCCUGGAAUACAGCCCGGCGGGCAAGGAGUACGUCCGACAGCUGGUCUACGUCGAGCAGUCGGGCUCCAGCCCCAAGAUGAAAUCGGGGCCACGCCACAAAUACUCCCCCAACCCCAUCGGGGGUUCCUACUCGCUGCAGCACAGCCCCUGCCUCCUCCGCGAGCAGCGCGCGGACCUCAAAUCGGGCGACUACAGCAGCAUGGAGGCGGCCGACUUCUGCCCCGACGACUCCAUGUCGUGGUCCAGCCAGCAGGACACCAUGUCCUCCACCGGCUACUCGCCCUCCAACAGGAAGAGGAAGAGCCGAAAGCCUUCGCUGCCCCACCACGAACCCAACACUCCGUCGGCGGAAGGGGAGCGGGACGGGGCGGACGAGGAGCGGUGCGGAUCCGCGCGCGCCCAACUCAACCGAGCGGAGAGCAAAGCGGUGGAAGCAGAGGGGGAAGCGGCGAGGGGAUUUGCUGAGCCCUUCCUGGCACAAGCACGCCUGGCUUGGGAAGCCCAGCAAGCCCACUACCACAUGAAGCAGCGCAGCAGUUGGGAUUCCCAAAAGGACGGAUCGGGCUAUGAGAGCGACGGGGCUCUGCCGCUGCCCAUGCCGGGCCCCGUGGUGCGCGCGUUCAGCGAGGACGAGGCGCUGGCGCAGCAGGACAGCAAGCACUGGAAGAGGAACACCUUUGAGAAGUUGGGUUUCCCUCAGAUCCUGCUGGAGAAGAGCGUCUCCGUGCAGACCAACUUGGCGUCCCCCGAGCCCUACCUGCAUCCAUCGCAGUCUGAGGACCUGGGUGCCUGCGCCCAGUUUGAGAACAGCCGGCAGACCAGGAACAUGAUGCCCAGCGCCAGCUGCGUCUUCCCCACCUUCAACCUCCGCAAACCCUCCUCGGAGACGGACAUUGAGAACUGGGCCUCCAAGCACUUCAACAAGCACACGCAGGGGCUCUUCCGCCGAAAGGUCUCCAUAGCCAACAUGUUGGCGUGGAGCAGCGAGUCCAUCAAAAAGCCCAUGAUCAUGACCAACGACCGCAACGUCAAGAAGGAGGCGUGUGAGAUCUUCAAGCUCAUCCAGAUGUACAUGGGCGACCGGCGAGCCAAGACGGACCAACUCAACGUGGCCUUGGAGAUCGCCACCAAAGGGUGGAGCAUGCAGGGCCUGAGGGAUGAGCUCUACAUCCAGCUGUGCAGGCAGACCACCGAGAACUUCCGAUACGAGAGCCUGGCGCGCGGCUGGGAGCUCAUGGCCAUUUGUUUGGCCUUCUUCCCACCCACCCCCAAAUUCCAUUCCUAUCUCGAAGGAUAUAUUUACAGGCACAUGGACCCGGUGAAUGACACCAAAGUGACACGGCACAUUAGAGAGCUCCUGGAAAGGAACACAAAGAAGAAACCCAAAUUGAGAAAGAAACCCAAGCCCCACCCCGAGGAGCACGAUGGGGUGGCCAUCAGCACAUAUGCCAAGUACUGCUACAACAAGCUGCAGAAGGCAGCCCUCACUGGAGCCAAGAAGGUAUGCGUGGCCACCUGCGUCCCACCGUGCCCUCCUCAUCUGUCCCUUCUGUGUCCCACCACGCUCACAUCCUCCACAUCCAUCCCUUCUGUGUCCCACCAUGUUCACAUCCUCCACAUCCAUCCCUUCUGUGUCCCACCACGCUCACGUCCUCCACGUCCAUCCCUUCUCUUUUGUAUUCCCUCAAUCCCACACCAAGGACGAGGUCCUACCACCACCCUGGGUUUGGGUUCCCCCAACCCCACCACCAAAUUGGGUCCUUGCCCCCCUCAGGUGUUCGUGCAGCCGGCCAACGUGGCCGUCACCAAGAUGGACGUCAACAACCUGGCCAUGGUGAUGGCCCCCAACUGCCUGCGCUGUCAGUCGGACGACCCCCGCGUCAUCUUUGAGAACACCCGCAAAGAGAUGUCCUUCCUGCGGGUCCUCAUCCAGCACCUGGACACCAGCUUCAUGGAGGGCGUCCUAUAGCAUCACCCCACGACCAUCCCCUUCCCCACCAACCCCCUAAACUCCCCCCUCCCCCAAGUUCUCGCCCCGCACCCCGCUGCCCGCCUCCCACCGGAGGGACGGAGGGACUGGAACCUUCUGGGGGGGUUGGUGUUCACCUGGAGGACUUUGGGGUGACACCAGGGAUGGUGGAACGGGGUGGGGAAGACCUCUGGGUGGGGAGGGGGUGGCACUUUGGGGACGGGAAGGACACGAGGAUGUCACUGGGGGGCGUUGGGGGAACUGGGCAGGCUGGUCUUGUCCCGUCUUGGUGGCUGUUCCUUGGAGAAGCACCGGGUGAUUUGGUGUCAACUUCAGCUUCUGAAGGACGUGUGGGACCACCAGUGGGGUCUGAAGGACGUGUGGGACCAUCAGUGGGAUCUGAGGGACGUGUGGGACCAUCAGUGGGAUCUAAAAGAUGUGUGGGACCACCAGUGGGAUCUAAAGGACGUGUGGGACCAUCAGUGGGAUCUGAGGGACGUGUGGGACCAUCAGUGGGAGCUGAAAAAACAUUUCCACCCGUGAGACCACCAGUGGGAUCUGAAGGAAACGUCUCCACUCGUGGGACCACCAAUAGGAUCUGAAGGAGCUGUGGGACCACCAGUAGGAUCUGAAGGACUCAUCUCUACCCAUAGAACCACCAAUAGGAUCUGAAGGACACAUCUCCACCCAUAGGACCACCAGUAGGAUCUGAAGGACCUGUGGCACCACCACUAGGAUCUGGAGGACACAUCUCCACCCGUGGGAUCGCCAAUAGGAUCUGUGGCACCACCAGUAGGAUCUGAAGGACACAUCUCUACUCGUAGGACCACCAAUAGGAUCUGAAGGACCUGUGGGACCACCAGUGGGACCUGAAGGACCCAUUAUCUCCACCCAUGGGAGCACCAGUAGGACCUGAAGGACCCACCAUCUCCACG